AUGGCGUCUCGCAAGAAAAUUCUUUUGAAGGUCAUUAUCUUGGGUGACAGUGGUGUCGGGAAAACGUCUUUAAUGAAUCAAUAUGUCAAUAAGAAAUUCAGUAAUCAAUACAAAGCUACCAUCGGCGCUGAUUUUCUAACUAAGGAAGUAAUGGUUGACGAUCGUCUUGUGACAAUGCAGAUUUGGGACACCGCAGGACAAGAACGUUUUCAGUCACUAGGAGUCGCAUUCUACCGUGGUGCUGAUUGUUGCGUGCUAGUGUACGACGUAAACAAUGCAAAAAGUUUUGAAACAUUGGAUAGUUGGAGAGAUGAAUUCUUAGUGCAGGCGUCGCCACGAGAUCCAGAAAAUUUCCCCUUUGUUGUUUUAGGCAAUAAAAUUGAUAUGGAAGAAUCAAAGAGAAUGGUGUCCCAAAAAAGAGCUAUGACUUGGUGUCAAUCUAAAGGAAACAUUCCUUAUUUCGAAACAAGUGCCAAGGAGGCUAUAAAUGUAGAAACAGCCUUCCAAACCAUUGCAAAAAAUGCUUUGCAACAAGAAGCGGAAUCAGACCU